AUGGAAUCGACGAGAAAGUCUGCGCAAUCUGCGACGAAAGGGUAAGGGUAGGAAAACCUCAUCCCCAACGUUAUUUAUUCUCUUACGGGUGACGAAACGAGAAAUAAGCGGAUCCAAAUUUUCGUACAGUUUUGCAGUGCAAACAUUUACACCGGAACUAAAGAAGAAAUCAGUCCAGUCGUUGGAGUUAAGGUGUGGUAAUAAUUCGGUCGAGCGAGUUGAUCGGAAAUCGCGGAAAAAGCUAUACUUUGGAACAACGUUUUGUCAGCCUCGAAUUCCAACGUUGAAACAACUAUGUCAUGGUCUGAGCCCCCGAGUGGUCCUAGGAAUGACACUGACGAUAGCAUGCAGCCUGUACAGAAAAUCAGGUCAAUUAUGCUUGAUCCUCGGGUGGGAAAUUCGGCAACCUGAGUCCACAUUCCAACAUCUACAGCCUCAAGAAAGUCUUCGAACCUUCUGGGGCCUGAAGGCGGAGACCAGCGAACUUCAGGGAGAUUACAAUCACCCGCAACCAAAUGAUACUUAAAGCUUGAGUCGGACGCAGCAUGAAAUGCGUUGAGAGUAAACGGUCACAAUUGUCGUUGGCGUUGGGAGGGCGAUUGAUGCAGCCAAAGAGUAAGGAGAAAUUAUUUAUUAGUAAAACUUGGAGCUAGCAGCUGCCUGUUACUGCGGAAAAAUUCAGGAGGUCCAGCGGCAAAAAUGUAAGUGUUUGCGUAAUGUAGACGCAGCUGCGCCCACCACGGCUUACUUGAUGAUCAUUUCGAAAGCAAUUAUAGCCUGGAAGAGAGAGUUUGGUGUCAGCUACGGAGAGUGACGCCCACGUUUCAUUUACUAAAAAAAUAUCUGAACGGUGGACGAACACCAGAUUCUGAAGCAAAGGCAUCUGUUAAGCAAAAAUCUGGCAUUUAAAACAAGAUUUUGAGGGGAAAGGCCGUUGUUUCUGAGGGGGGUGUGCUACGUCGUCCAGUGCUGGGCUGCCCACGGAGCAAACGGUCCGGAUGUAAUCAUCUGGUUCUGCAAAUAUUUUGUAACAUCAAAAAAGCCUGACGUGGACAAAACGGGGUAUGACUUGGGGUAGGAAAUGACGGGGAGGUAAACUGGUAACCAUUGUUAGCUAACUUAUUUUCAGCUGGAAAUCCGUUGGUCAGAUACUGCAACAGAUCCCCGCCGGAACGAAACUGAGGAUCGGAUGAGUUAUCUGAUCCAGUAUGGGCAUUAGCAUGAGGAAUACAUUGGUAACACGGCCGUGGAGGAAACAAGUUAGGGGGUGGGGCACGUAUUGCUUCCAUUGGAGCAAGAGUUCUAUUAAACGGCGGGAAAAUCGGCAUAUUCGGCCUAACUGCCUCGAUAUGAGUGAUAAGGGGCAGUUUGGAACACGCUACGAUUUGAGUCGGGGUAUUUGAGGCACUGUUAGCCGAUUGUGUAGGCAAAGAUUUUGUAAUGGUGCUGGAUUUAUCGAGUGUUCGAGUGGCUGAGACAGCAAUUGGAUUUGCCUUUGACUUAGGCACAUGCUUAAGCUUACUAUGGGCUGCUGGGGGAGUCGCUAGAGGCGUUUGUAUACCAGGGGUGUUGUUUCUUCUAAAGACCUCAGCAUUGAGAGUAGUCGAAUUCCCUACGGAAUUGACUAUGCCGUGACGUGCAGAGGCCGCAGAUGGUGCUGUAGGGAACUUAUCCAAACUGACAGUAGGUGUCAUUAUCCUGGUGUGGGUUUUUGCCGAUUUUAAUUUAUUCAGUCUUCGCUGCAGUGGUGUGAGUUCUGGCAAAACGGAGCAGCGCCAUUUACGGCAGAUUUCUCUAGUUAUCUCCCUCCUCGACAAGAUAAAAUCGACUUCUAUCAUGGAGAAAAGGGUAACUAGUAUCGGCGCAUUACAGCUAAGCGAGCGCAGGCGUUUAGCUUGUGCGACACUUAAACUCAAGCCACAACUUUGUAGGAACAAAUGCGCUCCCUCCAUAGCAGAUAAGUGGCUCGGAAUGUUUCGCAGUACAAAAUUAUGGUUGCGUUUAAUUCUCUCCUCAGUUUCAGAACUUAUUACCUCAAUAAGUUUAAAAGCUUGUGCAAUUACUUUGUCAGAAGUGCUGUUUAUGCCGCCAUAUAUCAACUGAUCGAGUAUUUUGUCAGCUGAUGGCCUGCUGCGACUAGCAGAGGCGUAUUUUGGACGAGUAAAUGGUCAAGAGGUUCUACAUGUACCAUGUAUGCAAAAGGCGAAGGACAUAUGCUGGCACCUGCUUUGUUCUCGGUCACGAUUCUAACACCCAGAGACGGUGGGGAGGCCGCCAGCUUUCCUCGUUUAGCACGUGCCCUGCGGGGCAUUACAGACAAAAAAGUUUUCGUUGCAGUAGAAGGAUCAAAACGUUGCUAAAGUACAGAAAAGCGCACUGAGUAGCAAGUACUACUGUUAUUUAACUACGAAAACUAAAACGAGAUAGUCUGGAAAGGAGUCACUACAAAGGUUUUUACUAUUUACGACUAUUUUGCCAGACUGUCAAACAAAACUGUGAAACAUCAUACCUUGUAUUCAAAGGCGACUUUUAAAGGGACUCAAGUAAAAAACAGACAUUAAUUGCUUAAGAAUAUCCAAGUAAAUGCAAAGUUUCACUUAUCUUUGAAAUUGAGCUGCGAUCCUUGAAUUUGACCUUUCGUGCACCCUCAGUAGCAGAUGCGUGAUUCAGAAUGUUACGAAGUUUAAAAAUAUGCUUCCGUUUUAACCCCUCAGUUUCGGUGAUCAUUACCCCAAUAACUUUAAGGGCCUAUUCAACAGCUUUUUCUGCAGUACCGUUAACAUCGCCUUGUAUCAACUGAUCUACUAUUUCGUUAGAUGAUGUACCGCUAAUACAGGCAGCGACGCAGUUUUUAGUCAUAUCUAGAGAAAGCUGCGAACACACACUGACGCCGGUUUCUUCUCCGGUCAGGGUUCUAGUACUCAGAGAUGGUGAAAAGGCCGUUAGCCUUUUUUUAACAAGUCCUCUUGGGGCAUUGCAUGGUACUAUACAGGUUUCCCUUGCAGUACAAGAAUAAAAAUUUGCAAACUCACAGUAAAACACACAAAACAGCAAACGCCACUGUUAAUUUGUUAAAAUAACGAGAAGAAGACGGUGUGACACGGCGUCAGUAAGCAAGCGCUUUGCGAAAUGCAGCUAAUCUACCGGACCAUAAUAAGGCUAGGAAGAAAUUGUACCUGGAAAUAAAAAGCGACUUUUAAGAACUCAAUCAAAAAUACGCAUUCAUUGUCCAGGAAUAUCCACUUAAAAACAAAACAUCGAUUUUCUUCGAAAUUAAGCUGUGUGACUCAACAUCUGGUGCCCAUAUUCUACACGCACAACUCGGCAUUCACAGAUGUAGAGAAGGGCUGCCCGAAUGGAUGUACAGUACACGCAGAGCAUCGUGGUGACGCAGAUGUCGCUUCAGAUCGCAAAAUACCUCUCUAUGUCUUGAAAAAAACCGGAAGACAGUAUCGACCUGGUAGACAGUGUCACCACGAAAUAUUUCAGUAGCACCAGUUGGAUAUUCUUUUACUAUGCUAAAUCCUAGUGAACUAGUUUACUCCGACGGGAGCAAAUAUUCAAAGUAUCUCAAGCAACUUUAGUCGCUAUUCGUCACAUCGGGCUUAGUAGAACAUAUCUGAGAAGACGCAUCGAGGUUUAGACCACCCACUUUCCUUUCAGGCGCAAAUUUGUAUCGUCUUAGUAAGUUAUAAUUCUAAUCUGUUAUCUGCGUUUCUCUAAAUUUGCAUUAAGAUGGAAGUCUGUGGGGUAUUGCAUAUGUAAUAUUACACCCCAAUAUAUAUAAAUAUAUAUAUAUGCACUUAUUUAAAGAUGUGCAUAUGCACUUCAUACAAGUAAUCAAAUAAAGUUGUAGUUAAUAGCUUGAGUUAUCAAUUACACCUGUGUAUAAUUACUUGUAUACAAGUGCCUGCAGACACUUUUAUAUGGGUGGCAGGAAGAACACAUCUAGGACCUUAAUUAUAAUUAGGGGUCUUAAUUAAGACCCAAGACUUCGUUCGCAUACACUACCUCUCUGUUGCCACACGCGAAGUUGUAAAAUUCGUUCGAAUAUUUGGAUCUAUAGCAGUCAAAUCACCGGGUUAAAUCAUACACACGUGUGAAACUUUUUAUUGCUGAACAGUAACCAUCACAUUGGCUUUUACAAGAGGCAGUUGGACGUUCUUUCGGGCGCAACAGCCGGUGAAUUGACCCUUUUCCACGUCAAAUCAGCUGCACGUUUCAGUUCAUCCGCGGACGUUAUGUUAAUAUUAACGGGCCUGUGUUUUCCAGCUGUUUAGGUGGGUAAGAGGAAGUGUUUCGUAGCCGAAGGAGCCAUACCUAAUGCAUAAAUACUUGUCAUUCUUAGCGCUUAUCUUACUCCUAGUCGUGGUUUUCAUAUGUCGUUCACUGACCGAAAGUUUUAGCAUAUUUAUCUUCAGGUUCGCAUAGGCUGAGAUUACGAAGUAAGGCGUUGUACAAUGGUAUUUCUGAUCAUGCUCAAGUACAUUUGACUUUAUGGCAGUUCGGUCGUUGCUCUCACCGACGUCUAUAGUGUUCUCGUAACAGAUGGACAAAAAGAUAGUGACAUGGGAGUGAGUUGGUUUUUAGCGAUAACAGACUUGUGCCGCAUCUACAGCAUUCCUUCCUCCACUGAUCAUAUGCGCCCGGUGUCAAGAAGACUCAACGAGACCGCAGGAUGGAUCCGGCAAAAUCACUGGCAGGACUAAAUGGCCCAUAUGCGUGUGCCACAAUACCGGGUAUAAAUGCAAUGUAACGAGUUAUCAAGUUCGACUUCAUAAGUAAAGCAAAAGUGGGACGUAUGCUCUAUCCUAAAUUACCAGGAUUUAUUUGGGCUUCACCGCUGUGGUUACUCAUGUACCUUACUCAGGUUGCAAGGAUCUGGAAAAUCUUAACAAAUACUUCUUAUGCUUUCCCGUUUGAUUUGUUAACAGUAAAUUCAGUUUUAACCAAAUGGAUGCUCGAUAAUGCUCUGCAGACUUCAAUUGGUCUUCCUUAAGUUUUUGCUGUUUUGUAUGCAUGCUGAUCCACCCUUGUAUGUUUAAGAAGGCUGCAUAUAUAACUUUUCAACAUUAACAGCCAAUUUUAAUUUGGGCGUUUGCAUGAUUAUUUAUAUUAACCUCCAACAAUUAUUGAUCCGCAAAGUGCAAUCAAGUCUAAAAAGAUUAAUCUCCCUGACAAACGUGGGCCAGCUUCCCACUUUAGGAUGUUCACAUUUCCUCCUCUGACAAUUUUUGUUGAAUUUUUAAGAGAAUAAUUUACUUUUUUAAACAAGUUAGUUGUCUGGUAUUGCUUUUCAAACUGUAUUGGCUUCCUCUGUUUUCUUGGACAUUGAUUUUGCAUCGGCACAAUCUGAAGGCUGUUUAUCAUUUCACUCAUUGGCGUGCCACCCGCAGUCUUAUAGUUUUUGUUUCAUUUAAUGAAACUAUUUUGGUGAAACAUUCGAAAAAAUAUCUAUCCGCUAAAGUAAAGCAGAUAAGACACCAAAACUCUUUUCAUUGCUUAUUGUUUUGUUUCGGGCGCUUACCAAUUUUAUGCUCCGGAGGGAAAACUUGAUAACAUAUGUUGGCAAGACUGUCACCAUUAUAACAAAAAUCACCAAACAAGACAACAUCUGACGUUAAAACAGCCUGUAGUCAUCAGUUUGAACGAUUUUGCUAGAUAUAUUCCACAAUUUUGAACAAGCAUGUACACAUUUGAGUCUGCGUGCACGAAUAAGUCAUCCUCUCUUACGUUGUUUUUAUUCAUUGAUUCGAAUUUACAUUAACGACCUUUUAGGAGUUUUGCUUGCCUUUUAACAAGACCAGUAAUUAGUUACACCGUAAUGAGAACGACGGUCAAAACACCUGCUUAAAAUAAAAUCAAACUUAAAUAAGGGGAACAGCAAAGUGCCAGUAUUCAGUCGUCCGAAGGGAGUGCUUUGCAGUUUAAGACUAGGAAAUAGAGUGAAUAAGGCAUCUAACGCCCCAAAUGGGUCAAGAAACAAUAAUUUUUACAAAAAAUACGGAACAACGCUUUUGACGGCCUAUUUCUAUACUUAGUAGUCCCUUGUUCUGUGCUAUGCGUGCUUUUUGCUCAUAUCUUAAUUACGAAUUUUUCUUUUCCAUCAACAGCCAGCGUUACGAAAUGUUUACCACAAAAAGGUUAGUUCUAAGUUCUCUUUCGUUUUUAUGACGUCCUACAAAAUUGUAAGUCGUCUUAGUUUUUGUUAAAUAAAUGAGGCGCUCACUAUUUUGACUUAUCAUUGGCCUCCUGGGCUGAAUUUGUAAAGCAACUUUGGAGAUGGCUUAACGUUACUUUUUUUAAUUUAAAGCACUAUGAACCAUUCGGUUUUUGUGGAGCUGUGGGUAUAAAAAUUAAAAACUACAUUGUAAAAACGCCAGGUCUUACCUCUUUCGCCUUAACUUGUUGUUACUUCUUCUUAAAACCAAUGUGGGGCCUAAUUCACAUUGCUUCCUGAUCUAACAUUUUAUUCCUUUGAGUCAAAGCAAGCGAAAUCAAGCAAGAUUGACAUCUGUUUGGCUCAUUAUCAGUGGUUUAUUUUGAUAAUUAUCCUUUCUGAUAUCCGUUAAUUUUUUUACCACAGAGAUUUGAUCCUGCUGGUUUAAUUUGCUUUUCUGCAUUCCAAAAUAAGAAGCGAGGGAAUUGAAUUGUAUAAGUAUUUCCCAUGCUGACAACACAGGUACUAUCUAAAAGCUCACACACGCGUGUUUCGUCGAUCUUAUGUCGCUGCCUGACGCAGCUGCAAGGAAUGCGGCCCAUCAGUCGGUCUCCCGGCCUCUUCUAUGUGUUUUCUUCUAUAUGAACUUCAGUUUCAUCUUGCUUUGUUUAUUUUCCAAGAAAAUCGGUGCGAUAACUCGGAGUACAUCCCCUAGCACACACCUGUUCAGACACGGUGCGCUGCGUUAGGCAGCAGCUAUUACCUUUGCUGUCAGUACGACAAAUAAUUACACGAUUCUAUAUUGUUGGCUGCCUGUUGGUGGUUUGUGAUUAAUACGCAGUUAUGCCGCAGUGGCCGAUGGAUUUCAGCCCAAAUAUCCUUAUCAACUCUCGGACACUGCCCAAAAAGGUCUGUUCCAAAAGAUUUACUCCAGGUUUGCGCAUAAAUUUCCUCUGGAAUUAAACAGGGCAAGGUAGGGAAUUCAUAUACGCUCAGUGACGUUAUUACUCGUCAGCCAUGUUUUUCGGAACGUCAGGCAAAAAAUCUCUUUCGUGAAAGCUUCCUUACCCAAGUCCUUUUUAUUACUCUCAAUUUCGGAACUAAUGUUUAAAAACUGUAACUUUUAAGCUAAAAAAAUUUGUAUCUUUGCAGAACUAUCGUGUAUCGUUCGAUUUUUCUCUUCUACACAAAACUUAUAGUGCAGAUUAAGGCCAUGCACUUUCUUCGCGUUAUUUUCAGAUCUGAAAAUAACCCAAUUAAAUUGACGGAUGACGCUGCUUACCUCAUCAAGGAACUGGGACAAGCUCUGAAGGAAGCCUUAACCGAGGUUGUUAUAAGGAAGCCUCGGGAUCCCAUUGAGUUUAUCGCUCGCUUUCUGCAGCGUGUAUUCGAAACAAGGGAAUAUGAGAGACAAGUCAGUUUACAAACUAUUACACCAUUUUAUCCUUCGUUGUAUGCUUCUGAUGCUAUUUUGAUUCUUUCAGUGUUGUAUCCAACAGGUGGAGAAUAUCCCCAAAUUUUUAUCCGCUCUGGUCAUUAGGAGACCAAAAACUGAAAUAUGCAUAACUCAGGACUUCUUCCCUUUUCCUUCAGGCUGAAGAGGAUUUUCAGCGGGAAAAGGAGAUCGAAAGGGAAUUGGCGGAGAAGCGCGCCAACGCACUUCGACUUGGCAACGAGCGCAAGAUGAUUGAAGCCGAAAAUCUGGCUAAGGUUAGAAAAAUUCAUAAAAGUGAAGAUUUACUCGAAGCCAUUGCGUCUUUUUCCACAAAACUAGAUUUUUUCUUUAACGUAGGACAGACUUACAGUUGUAGUGUACUUUUCGAUGUCCAGAUUAAUUAAGAAUUGUUAAUCAGUACGAUUUACUACCUAAACUUAGGAAGUGCGAAUGGGUUCUUUUGAAUUGUUUGUCAGUCCUCAACUUUGAAACGAAACAAAAAUCUGCUGUUUCAUCUUAUAGCUAGGAUAGAUCGCUGAGGGUCAAUUUCAUGCAAGCAAAAUCGUUGAUAAAGCUCGCUUCUUCCUUCUGAUUAAUAAUUUUUAUUUAGGGGAUCUUUCAGUUUGAAACAGAGUACUUAUAACGUAUCCUUUACGUGUUAUUCAAAUAUGAAUAAGAAACCUGAGUAAAAAUCAUUCACCUUUUAAAGUUUCGUUUGGUCUGUUUAAAAAUUACAAAUUGCAUGCAUUCCACGACGUCACUUUUAUUAUGGUUAACAUAUUAAUAUGUUAACCAUAAUAAAAGUGACGUCGUGGAAUGCAUGCAAUUUGUAAUUUUUAAACAGGCCAAACGAAACUUUAAAAGGUGAAUGAUUUUUACUCAGGUUUCUUAGAGUCGUGAGCUUCCGGAUAAGUUAAUUAACUUAUCCGGAAGCUCACGACUCUAGGUAACAUAUGCGACAAACAUAUCGCUACCGAAUUUAUGCAUUAGUGACGUCGCUGUUGUUCAAAAAUGUAAGGAUUUUAGUGUGAAGAUCUGCUAAUUUGGAAGGCUGAUCCGAAAAAGGGGUUACUUGAUAGUGGCCAUUAGAACUGUGCCUCCUUGUAUAGACGGUUUCAUUUCACACUGACGGCAGAAUGGCCAAAAUCUUUUCAGCGCAUGAUUAUUUUCCUGCCCCUUGCUAUUCUGUCCAGUUUUAAUUAAAUGAUAAAUGUAUCUAAUGGUACUGGAGAUAAUUUGUGGAAUCUGUAACUGAAUGUAGGUAAAAUAUGUCUCAAUACUGCAUUCUGAAAAUGGCCCUCCAUUAUCCCUGGGAUUUAUAACCUCUUAUUUCGUUCAGAUGGUUUUUACUGUUUUUUGAGCGCCAUAACCUACCUUUGUUAGGUCAACUGAUUCUUACUUGUCCAGAGUAUUUGUUUCCUGUACUUAAUUGUAAACUGUCAAGGCGGUGUGUUUUAUAGCUCUGUUAUAAAAUAUUCUUACUGGUAUGUUCUGAGUUUUUAAUCUCUACUUCAUAUAAACUCACGAAGAAGAUCGACUGAAUUGCAAUAUUAAUUAGUACGUAGAAGGUUACCGACAAAAGCGAGAGGAGUAGUGGGCUUUUAUACGCUUAAUUGGCGGUCGUCAAGCGGUCAUGUCCUAGCUCUAGGUUUGCACAGAUCCCGGGCUCCAACUUGAUUCCAUUGACCACUGAACGGCUAGAUCGCAGCUGGUAGCCAGGACCCGUGUGACAGGUGGCGGGAGGGUUUAUUUACUGGGGCUAUUUUGUGGGGCUCCGUAAUCACAUCUGGCCCAUUUGGCUUCCGUUUGACGUUUAAGGUUAGGAUUAGGGUGCCGGUAAAUGGUUUUCGAUUUUUGGGUUAGGGUUAUGUCUUUAGGCCUAGGUUUUAGGGUUACGAUUAGGGUUUGAACGUACAAUUAGGUUUCGGUAUUUCGGUUAGAUUUUCCAGUUACGGCUAUGUCUAAGGGCUACGGCUACGUUUACGAUUUCGGUAAAGGUUAGGGUUGCCGUAAGGGUUAGCGGUUGAUGUUUAAGGUUGAAGUUAGGGUUAGGGUUAAGGUCGCGUCCGCUUCCCCAUUCCUAGCUACCAACUGCGAUCUAACCAACUGAACAUUAAAUCAAAGGCAAUAACACUUGUUUCCGGACCUGAGUUCUGUCGAAUACAACCGGUGAAGUUCAAAUUCUGGGAAAACCGCCUCACUGAUUCAACUGCAAGGACGUACGCGUUCCAUUGUAUCAUAAAGCUCAAAUUAAGAGCCCUGACAAGCAGUCGCAUGGUAAAACUAACAGAUAAUGAGAUAAGCUAUGAAUAAUAUUUGUCUCAUAUCCAGUUCUUACACGAUGACCAUCAGAUCCAGAAGGUUAAGGAUUUACAAUACCUUAGAUCUCUUAUAGGGAGAAAAGACCACAGCACGUCCACACAAAUACGAACAUUAUAGUAGAUGAGCAACCUCAUGAAAUGUUGACUGAAAUUCUGAAAUACAUUUUCGGUUAGGAGUGGUUAAUUAAGUAGGGUUGUAAUAUCGCUUACUGUGCAGCAUACUCUCAAGAUAGCUCAGUCACGCCAGGAUGUCGGCCUUUGAACGCACAAUCUUUGAACCGGUUGCGUGAACUACGUCCUGUUAGAGGUGACUACUUAAGCAGUAUGAACCUAUCCCGUUGAUUUUCGACGUCCUUAUAUUUUCAAAUAUGAUUGAGCAGACAAGGUGCAUAAAAAAUAUUCUUUCCUUUACUGUUUCAGUAUCGGACUGCGUCUUUUUUAAAUUCGGUAGUUAAUGAAAAAUAUAUCUCGGUUUUAAAGGACGUCUUGAAUACCCCGAUAAUUUUGAACCCGACUUAUCGUUACACUUGCAUUCGGGGUUUCCAUACUACAAGUUCUAUGCUUUUAUUAUAAGAAAAAGCACUUUUCUAUACGCCAAUAAGAUGUCAUGCACAGCUCAAAAAAUUUUGUAACGAAUGUAGACCGCGUUUUUCAUUUUGUGAACAACCUCAGUAAACGUUCUGAUGCGAUGCUGCAUGGUUGGAAAAAUUAGACGUUAUUUUCUGCCAAACGGGUACAGGAAUACAUAUUUUUGUGUAUGUUUUCUAUAAAACAGAGUUUGCCUUAUAGGGGCAUCGGAAGUUGACGGGAAAAAAUCAUACUACUUAAACAGUCAUUUUUCACUGAUUGCAGUUUAGGCAGCCGGCUGUAAGGAAGUUCAUUCAAGAGUCAAAAUCUUGGCGUGACUGAAGUAUUUUUGGAUUAUGCUGCAUAUUAAUUAGUAUAACAACUCCAGUUAGGUAAUCUUUUCGAACUGAAAGCAUGCUUCGGAAUCUCAGCCAACAUUUCCUGAGAUAGCCCACCUACUGCGGUCACUCUCUUCAAUAAAGAUCAACUGGUAGACUCAAACCAACAGGACUUUUUAUACAAAUAAUGGUGAAUUAAUCAUGGUUGGAGCAGUAUUCUUGCAAUAAGUGAACUAUCGCAUUUGAUAAAGGAACGAUUAGAUAAUUUUGCGAGUUACACGUAUUUUACAAAAAGGGGAAAUAAUUUGACGGGGUGAUGGUGUGGACAUCCUGCAACAGAACUCUCAAUUCCUCAAUUCUUAAGAUUCAUAGGACACGAGAGGGCGAUUGAAGCAGCGUAGACUCGCAGGCCUCCGUUGUUUCUUGUAAACCCUAUCAACCAUAACUAUCCAUUUCCUGCUACACCUAACUUAAUAGUUCUAUAAGUGCAGGCAGAUUAAAAAGAUAACCCGCAAUUUCUGUUGUUCACAAACAUCUACUAGCGUACUGUCAUUAACAAACAGUAAAUGACUUUAAAGAUUCCAAUGACGCUGUAAGCACCCCUGAAGUCAAAUGCGCAUUGGCUUAUGCGACAGAGUCUUAACACCAUUUAGUCUCCUUCCUUACCUUUCCACCUUUUUGCACUUCUGACGUACCCGGUUAUAGCAGUCUUUACCAAACUCCCCGGUGGCAAGGUCCUUCUCCAUUGUGAACUACUUAGCGUGCUGUCUGACUGCUUAUAAAUCAGUCAAUGCGAUUGAAUCGCGGUUGGAGUCAGCAGGCUAUAUCCUGACUUGUAACACCCACCCACUUACCUCUCACCUGCCAGCAGAGACUGAAUCGAAUCUGUGACAUGGAAAAACUUUACCUCCUCGUCGAUAACGACGACUUUGUCUGAACGGUAACGAAAUAUUCAGCCGUGCAACAGUCUUCUCCUCUGAGCCGAUAGCUAUUGGGAAUUUUAGUAGAAUUCUGAAUUGUUUCUCGGCAAAGCAGUUGCCUCCAAAUUCGUCCUCAAAUAAUUGCACAGAUUCUAAUGAUUCACAAUUUACUCAUUUUUCAAGGAGGCCAAAGCCAGAGCCGAGAAAGCAGCGGAAGAGGCCGCAAAAAUUGAGGCCGAGCGAAUAGCGCUCAUUCAGAAUCUCGAUGGCGUCCAGGUACCGGUAAAAGACGUGGAUCCAAAGGCGUCAGAAGAACCCGAGCUGGAAGAGUCUGUCCCACAGGAAGAGGAUGAUGAAAACCCAGAGACGGGUGAGUGAUUGCAACUUUAAGGCUCUCAUCGGAAAGAGACGUUUGCUCCAAAUAGAUGCUCAAUUCCUCGUCAUUUUGCUGUUACAGGUGAAACCCCUCCAGAGACACCGCUUAACGAUGAGGCGAUCGCGGAUGCAAUUCUCGACGGCGUCGAGGUGCCGGCAAGAGACGUGGAUCCAAAGGCGUCAGAAGAACCCGAGUUGGAGGAGUCUGCCCCACAGGAAGAGGAAGAUGGAAACCCAGAGACGGGUGAGUGAUUGCAACUUUAAGGCUCUCAUCGGAAAGAGACGCCUGCUCCGAAUAGAUGCCCAUUUCCUCGUCAUUUUGCUUUUACAGGCGCAAUUCUUCCAGAGACACCACUUAACGAUGAGGAGAUCGCGGAUGCAACCCUCCCGGAAAAUGACGCUGAAACGGAGGAGAAUGCGGAGAGUGCUGUCGAUAAUGAAGAUAAUGGAGAUAAUGAGGAUGCUGACCAAAUAGAAUGA